AUGAGCAUCGAUAGCACACCAGUGUCAAGAUUACCCAUGGCGACGAAAGACUCUACAGGUUGUCCUUCGUUGAGCGAGUACGAAGUUAUUCGGGCUCGAAAUAUUGAAAGGAACAAUUCACGGUUGAGAUCUCUGGGUUUAAUUUCUGCUAAUGAACAACAGGAAUCAAACGACGCAGCUUGGAAACGACGUCCUCACAUUCCAGACGAGGCAAUACUGGCUGAAACCGAACAACUCCGCGAAGACGAAGACUUCAAAACCUCUUCAGAUAAUCGAAAGCGCAGGCGAACUCAAGAGGGUCCGUUUCCUUACAGAUCAUCAAUGCGGCUCAAGGGCCUCGAGCCUGACGGUGGCACCGCGAAUAUAACCUCCGAGCUGACGUUGAUUAAGUCACAGUCAGUUUCCACCAUCGAGGUGAAGGAACGACGCCGCAUUCUUAUCGAAGAAUGCCGGAAGGAGCGACAAAAGGCAGCACUUAUAUUUGCCCAACUAGGUAUUGCUCAAGCAGCAAAAGAAAAUCCUACUGCUACAUACGAGCACUGUUUGAUGCGGGUCCGUACCAUGACGGAAAAGGCACUGGCCAAUCGUGUAAAAGCAAUCGAACGGGCUGCGGGGAAGCACUGUGUUGUCAAGAUGGCAAUCUUCAAAUCCUGCUUACAAGACGAAGGAAAAUGGGAUCUGGCUGCUUUGGCGCGGGAUGCUUUGGAGCGCUUGAAAGCAAUGCUGCCACCGCCAACGGAAUCAUAGCUGAAUGCAUAUCCAUCCAAGAAUCCCACAGUAUUCUCAAGGACAGCUUGUGUAGGGUUCCGCAUAUUCUCGGUCAGAAGCUAUCCCAUCGGACCUUGGCGACCAAACCGAGUUUUCAAAAGGGCAUCGCAAAGUAUCCAGCUCCAGUAUUGCUGUUGAUUGGACAAGCGACAGCACAGUCCUGUUUUGUAGAGAGGAUCGGAAAGCUUGACUGUAAACUCAACCCUAGAGCUAUAUGCUAUCUGACUUUUAAUGAUAGAUAUUUACAAUUAGUGCGCUGUAGAAACGGUG